AUGGCACAGGGCAAACUACAUGGCAGGAGUUGCCAUGGCGUAUUGAGUCUCCACUGGGAGCUUCAACACGAAGUCUUCGAUGAUGACUGGGGCUCGGAGAGAAUCCUUUCCCCAGAGGUUUUAUCCUCCGUUUGGCACCCGGAGCUCGGGGCCUUCGAAUGGGAUGUCGAGAGUCUCAGCUGGCCUCCACAGACCAGCCCGCUCGGCUCCCGCUCUGCCCUCGAUGUUGGAGCAGAAUCGGCAAUGGCGGCAGAAUUAUGA